AUGCAAUUACUACAAAAUCAGUUGACAAGCUUCCGCUUUAUAGCCACCGGGGCCGUUCUCUCCCUCAUCUUAACAACAUUCCUUAUCUUCGGCGCACAAUACUCCAAUGACGUCGCCAAAUAUGCUCUGAAGACGUCCCUCAAACCAACCCCACAGACAUGCUUGCAGACCUCAUUACCCGAAGCAGGUAACGCCACGGCAUGGGAGUUUAUGGUCGAGCGCGAUGGCGACAACCAUGGGCUUUCGGACGAGCAAUGUCGACUGGCGUUUCCGAAGCUGUUUGUCGAGCUGGACAAGUCUGCAUCACUGAGGGAGGGCCAUCGGAUUACGUUCAAGGAGGUGGAUAGUCUGCAAGUGGAGGAUGGAAUGGUGCGGGGCAUCAUUCAUCAUGGUGAGCUGUAUGUAGUAGAUUUUGGCGCGAUGCCCGCAACUUUCACGCGCGGAAAAUCCACGCUUCAUGCGCUUCAUCGUGCACUUGCCUCGUUCCCUGACAGAGGUAGUCUACCAGACAUUGAAUUCGUCCUGACGACGGAGGAUUAUAGCAUUCACCAGGGGCCAGUCUGGUCUUAUUCCAAACGGGACGAGCAGGGGAAUGUCUGGUUAAUGCCCGACUUCGGAUAUUGGUCAUGGCCGGAAGUCAAGAUCGGCCCUUACAAGGAUAUUCGCCGCCGCAUUGCUGCCGUCGACGAUGGUGAAGUAACCCUGGAUGGAAAGUUCAUUCCAGGUCUACCCUUCCCGGAUAAGAAAAAGCAGCUCGCCUGGAGAGGUAGUGUUGCUACGAACCCCGAAGUCCGGGGAAAGCUGUUGAAGGCAGCGCAAGGCAGGAGCUGGGCAAGCAUCCGGGUGAUUGACUGGGACGAUGAAAAUGAUGUCCGGUUCAAUCUCCUCCCAAUGGAGGAUUACUGCCAAUAUAUGUUCCUGGCCCAUGCAGAAGGACGCAGCUUCUCAGGCCGCGGAAAGUAUCUACUGAAUUGUCGCUCCGUGGUGGUUUCGCAUAAGCUGGUCUGGCGCGAGGCACAUCAUGCUGCGCUCAUUGCGUCUGGACCGGAGGCGAAUUACGUUGAGGUCAAGCGCGACUUUUCGGACCUUGAUCAGAAGAUGGAGUUUCUUAUCGAUCAUCCGGAGACUGCGCAACGCAUUGCGGAGAAUUCGGUGAAGACGUUUCGGGAUCGGUAUUUGACACCUGCUGCGGAGUCGUGUUACUGGAGGCAAUUGGUUCGACAGUAUGCUGCGUCGUGCGAGUUCGAGCCCGUCUUGUAUACGCAGGAGAAUGGCAGGAGAGAGCCUCGUGGUGUUCCAUUUGAAAGUUGGGUCCUUACAGGGUUCUAG